UGGAUAACAAUAUUGACAGCUCCAAUGAGGAGUUAAAAAAACUCCUAACCGAUUGGCAAUUGGAACAAUAUUACGACAUAUUCGUAGAACAAAAAAUCACAAUGAAAAUCCUUCGUAUUAUACAAGGCAAACAUAUUGACAAAAUUUUUCUAAACUCACCAGUCGGUGAUCAGGCACUGUUUGAGCAUCGCCUGGCAAUAUGGAAACAGCAAAUACUGUUGGAAGACUUCCCUUCAAACAGCAACAGCAACAGCAGCAGCAGCAAUUGCAUCAAAACCAGUGCAACAGACAAGCCAGAGCAGGAAGUUGAGCCCAAGACAGAAUUGAAUAUCAAAGAUAUUCCCUUGAUCAUAGAUAAUAGUAGCAACGAUUCACCACAAGUCACAGAAAUCUAUGUGGCCAACGAGAGCAAUGAUGCCCUAGAGGAUGAUUUGCUCGAACUUAUGGAGCCCACAUCGAGGUCAUUUAACAUAUCCUCACCUGUGCAGAUUAAGUCUUAUCGAACACUGGGUCGUUCCAGUCAUUCUAUGGCCCCGCUGCCGCGGGCUUCACAUGCUGCCAGUGUGCCUUCCAGUGUACCUUCUAGCAUGCCUUCCAGUGCACCUUCCGGCAUAUUUUCCAGUGCGGCCGCAACUGUACCGACCAGUACAUUCGCCCAAAAUUUGGCGAACAGCAUCAUUUUAACACCUCCUCCGAUGCCUUUAGAUGCGGUGCGUGUUACCCUGCCCACCCAACAAAAUCCGGCGCAUGUUCGCUAUAGCCUGAGUCGAAUUUUAAACGAAACCAGCGGUGGCCAAGUCAUUAUGAACUACUAUGAGAAACAUAAGAUCCUGCGAGAAGAGCAUCGUACAGCUCUGAUUAAUGUCAUUGCCCGUUAUAUAGAUGCCAAUGGCUGUACACUUUCCCUCUCGGAGAGCAACAAUUUGGAAAAUCAAAUUGUGGAAAUGUUCCCCACCGAAAGAGAGGAAUUCUAUCGCACCAGCAAACGUGGAAGACUGUACAAUAAAAUAGCCAACAUGAAGAGGGUCUAUAAAAAAUUCAAAAGAGAUGCAGAGAUAAUGCCAUCGGCCUCCAAUCCCAACUCUCCUGGUUCGGGGAGGAUAAAGGAAGAAUUUGUUGAAGAACUUGACGAUGCUAUGAUCCAAGAUAUGCGUAGCGGUAUACAAAGCUCGGAAGAUUUCAUGGAAUUCUGGAAGCGUACACAGUCAGCCCGCCUAAAGGACAUCGAUACAAUUGAUACUCUGACUAAUAUUCUGGAAAAGUGGCCUGAAUACAAGCAAACCAAUGCGGAGCAAUAUAUGGGUAUGGAUUUUGUGGCUAAAUUUCCCUCAGCCACCAGAUUUUCUGAUGUUUUUUAUACAAAUUACUCGAAAUUGGAGAAAAUGUUAUUUGCCAAAGUCAGCACUUGUUCGGUGGGUUAUAAGCAUUUACAGGUCUAUAGAACAUGUUCCACAGAAUCCAAACACCUGAUCAUGCUAUGGGUUCUUCAUCAACUUUUCCCUCCCAAUCAUCAGACAAAAGUCGAUGAGAUGGGCAUUAAACGCAAAAAACGCUAUUCCAUACAAGACUCGCAAAACUCCUGCAUUUGUGUUCGUGGCUCUCGUACUGGCAUAGAGAGUAUGUUGCGCAUGCGCACUACAGCAACCCCGCCUAUGAUUUUGGCCAUUGGCGAAAUGGGUGGGGAAAUUGAAGAAGUCUCUGUUUACUUCGAGGGUCUGCAAUAUCCCUGCAAUUCGGUGGUCCAAGCAGCCCAACUAUGCUGUGAACUUUUCUUUCUCUUCAACAUAGACUUUCCCGAGGAGUCGGUGUUGUAUUACAAUUUUAUACAGACAUUCUUCUUGAAUAUUCUUCCAGAGAUUAAGAACUCCAAAAUUUAUACAACCAUUAAUGAAAUUAAUGCUUGCGAAAUGUAAAUGUGUUAUUUUUUUGUAAUUGAAAAAAGAAUAACUACAUUAGCUGUAGAUGACUAAAUAGAACUACU